AAAUAAUAUGAAAAUAAAACCACGUUCCAUGCCUUGUUGUUCCUUCUUCUUCUUCUUCCGGCCACAUAAUUGCCACCGCCGAUUGCAUCCGCAACCGCUACCAGCGCCGGUUACAGUCCGCGCCGCCACUGCUGGUCGUGCCACUGUUUGGCCGUUACUGCUAUUCCAAUGAAACAUGAAAACACCAUCAAUAUUGAAACAAGUUGCAGAAUUACUCACUGUAGCUUCCAUCACCAAAACCCUCUUCAAAAACCCACAAACCCUAUCCCAAAUCAUCAACAACAAACCCAUCAUCACCCAAACCCUAAUCCUCAAAAUCCUCUCAAACCCAUCCCUCCACAUUUCCCACAAACUCAAUUUCUUCAAUUCACUCAACACCGUUCAUUCUCAAACCACCUACUCUCUCAUUCUCCGCAACCUCUGCAAUCCCACUACCCCUCUUUCGCUCCUCCAUCAACACCUCCCUCAGCUUCUCCACUCCAUGAAACAAACCGGUAUCGUUUUCGACUCCGAUUCAUUCAACAAUCUCCUCAAUUUCCUCAUCAAAUUCUCUCAUAACAACAAUAAAAAUUUCCAUUUUGUUAUUGAUAUUUUGGAUUAUAUUCAAACACAGAAACUUCAACCUGUUGGUACUACACCUUUUAUUUACAACUCUCUUCUUAUUGCUUCACUCAAAAACAAUCAAAUUCAUCUUGCUUUAUCUAUUUUCAAUAACCUUUUAUCAGUUGAGGAGUGUUCGAAUUUGAAUUCGGUUAUCGUUGGUUCUUCGAAUUACUUGCUUUCGGCUCUUACGAAAGCCCGGAUGAAGGAAGAGUUUCGAAAUGUGUUUGAUACUUUGAGGGAAAGGGAAAGUUUUAGUUUUGAUUCAUGGGGUUAUAAUAUUUGUAUUCAUGCUUUUGGUUCUUGGGGUGAUUUGGUUACUUCGAUGACGCUUUUUAAUGAGAUGAAGGAGGAUAAGAAUCUUUUUGGGCCUGAUAUGUGUACUUAUAAUACGGUUUUGUCGGUUCUUUGUAAGAUUGGGAAGAUUGAUGAUGCGAUAGUUGUGUGGAAUGAGCUUAAAGAGUGUGGUUAUGAACCGGAUGAGUUUACUUACAGGACUCUCGUUCGGGGUUGUUGUAGGAGUUGUAGGAUGGAUGAGGGUGUGAGGAUUUUUAAUGAGAUGAAGGAUAAUGGGUUUCGUCCUGGGGUGAUUGUGUAUAAUUGUGUUUUGGAUGGAUUUUUCAAGGCUGGUAAGGUUAAUGAAGCGUGUGAGAUGUUUGAGAGAAUGACUCAAGAAGGGGUGAAAGCUUCUUGUUGGAGUUAUAAUAUUUUGAUUCAUGGACUUAUGAAGAAUGCGAGAUCGGAAGCUGGUUAUACGCUUUUUUGUGAUCUUAAAAAGAAAGGUCAGUUUGUGGAUGGGAUUAGUUACAGCAUUGUUGUGCUGCAACUUUGUAAAGAGGGUCAUUUGGAAGAGGCUUUGGAGUUGGUGGAGGAAAUGGAAGUCAGAGGCUUUUCUGUUGAUCUUGUUACGAUAACAUCUCUCUUGGUUGGCAUUCAUAAGCACGGUCGUUGGGAUUGGACGGAUAGGCUCAUCAAGCAUGUUAGGGAAGGGGAUCUGUUACCCGGUGUUCUUAGGUGGAAAGCCGGAAUGGAAGCUUCUAUCAAUAACUUGCAUUCCAAGGAAAAGGAUUACUCGCCAAUGUUCCCUUCCAAAGGAGGGUUUAGUGAGAUCAUGAGUUUCAUAACUCGUCACCAGGAUGAUGAUGAUGAUGAGGUGGAAACUUCCUCUGAAGAAAUCGACGAGUGGUCAUCAUCUCCAUACAUGGAUAAAUUGGCCAAGCGUAUUGUGAAGUCAAAUGGCGAUGCUCCACGACUGUUUACACCCGACCGUGGACAGAGAGUUCAACAAAAAGGGCCUGAUUCUUUCGAUGUUGAUAUGGUGAAUACUUUCCUGUCUAUAUUUUUGGCCAAGGGAAAGUUGAGCUUGGCUUGUAAAUUGUUUGAGAUUUUCACCGACGCGGGUGUGGGUCCUGUCAGUUAUACUUAUAAUUCUAUCAUGAGCUCCUUUGUCAAAAAAGGCUAUUUUAACGAGGCGUGGGCCGUUCUGUCAGAAAUGGGAGAAAAGCUCUGUCCAACUGAUAUCGCUACGUACAAUAUGAUAAUUCAAGGUUUAGGAAAGAUGGGAAGAGCAGAUCUAGCCAGUGCUGUUCUCGAUCGUCUGCUGAAACAGGGCGGUUAUCUUGACAUAGUUAUGUAUAACACUCUCAUCAAUGCUUUGGGGAAGGCAGGGCGAAUCGAUGAGGUGAACAAGUUCUUUGAGCAAAUGAGGAGCAGCGGGAUAAAUCCUGAUAUUGUCACUUAUAAUACGUUGAUUGAAAUUCACAGCAAGGCUGGCCUAGUCAAAGAUGCUUACAAGUUCUUAAAAAUGAUGCUCGAUGCUGGAUGCACCCCUAACCAUGUUACUGACACGACUUUAGAUUAUCUAGUAAAGGAAAUCGAUAAAUUGAGAUACCAAAAGGCAUCGAUCUUGAGGGAAAAAAAUAAUCCUUCUUGAGGGGGUAAAAUUCUAAGAGUCCAUGCAAAUGGGAUUUGUAAUAUAGUGAAGAAAGUUAUCUGUGAGGACCGUGGAGUGGCUGUCUGUGCGGAAGAUCAGAGCGUUGCAGUCAGUGUGUUCGCUGGAUUAUAUGCCGCUUUGCAAUUGAUUUCUCAUGUUUCAAGUCGGGUCUCUGGUUGUUCUGUUUCGAGUAUUGGAGAUUUUCAUAUGAGUGUGGUUUCGGGUAUUGCGGCGUGUGGUUGGUUGUUGUUAGUAGAGUAUCAUGUUCCAGCUUCACAUGGCGGCGUUGUUUGUAUCAGUCUGCAAGUCGGUUGGGGAUCAGUUCCUGUUCUAUGCAGGCGGUGUCAGAGUUCCUGGCGGUCACAUUAUUGAUUCUAUUGAUUCACUGUUGUUGUUAUCGAAAUGAAAGUAACAGUAUUUUCACGUAAACAAUCAUGCAGAGAGAAUCAUGCAGGCGGUGUCAGAGUUCCUGGCGGUCACAUUAUUGAUUCUAUUGAUUCACUGUUGUUGUUAUCGAAAUGAAAGUAACAGUAUUUUCACGUAAACAAUCAUGCAGAGAGAGACAGAGAACGAAUGAAUGAAUCACUCUUCCAUUCACAUUUUAA